AUGAAAAAGUCGAGGUUACGAGCACCGCCAAUUGUCAUAAGUAAUUUUACUAACUACUCCUCGUUGAAAGAAGAUUUAAAAUCUCUGGUGGGUACCGAAGGUUUUAAGGCUACCGCCAAGGGUUCCUCCCUAAUUAUCAAACUUCGUAACUGUGAUGGUUACCAUAAACUUGUCGAAUAUUGCAACGACUCCGAUUUAUGCCAUAUGUGUGCACCCCGUCAUACCCACUUAUUCAAAGUGCUUAUCCGCUAUAUACAUCAUACUAUACCUGUUGAAGAUAUAAAAAGGGCCCUCCGGGAUUUGGGCUUCUCAAUCAUAAGUGUGCUAAACAUCCGCCACCGAGUUAGCAAAUAG